AUGUCUUGGUAUCAAGCAACUAUUGUUUUGAAAUCAAAAAGUCGUGGUUGUCACUUAGUCACUAGUGAGAUAGAAAGACAGGUGUCUGAAAUUAGGAAUUAUAAAAUUGGAAUGGCAAAUAUUUUUUUACAACACACUUCAGCAUCAUUAUGCUUAAAUGAAAAUGCAGACCCCGAUGUUAGAAAAGAUAUGGAAAUGGCUUUGAAUAAAAUUGUGCCCGAAAAUUGGAAUUAUAUUCAUACUGAUGAAGGAUCCGAUGAUAUGCCUGCUCAUGUAAAAAAUGCAAUUGUUGGAGCAUCUUUAAAUAUACCAGUAACAAAUGGCAAAUUUAAUUUGGGCACUUGGCAAGGAAUUUAUUUAAUGGAACAUAGAAAUUAUGCAUCAGGUAGAAGAGUAGUAGUUACAUUACAAGGCGAAAAAAAAUAA